AUGGCUAAACUGGGGGUGGGAAUAAUAUCCUUACAUCAAUUUUUACUAGAGCCAAUCACCUGCCAUGCUUGGAACAGAGACCGUACCCAUUCUUACUUGGAGAUUGCCCUUAGCCCUAAUAAUCAUGAAGUCCACAUCUACAAGAAGAAUGGGAAACAAUGGAUGAAAGCCCAUGAACUGAAGGAACACAAUGGACACAUCACAGGUAUUACCUGGGCUCCCAAGAGCAAUCGCAUUUUAACUUGUGGGGCAGACUGCAAUGCCUAUGUCUGGAGUCAGAAAGAUGGAAUCUGGAAGCCAACCUUGGUGAUAUUGAGGAUUAAUCGUGCAGCUACCUUUGUGAAAUGGUCUCCCUUAGAGAAUAAAUUUGCUGUAGGUAGUGGAGCUCAACUGAUUUCUGUGUGCUACUUUGAGUCUGAAAAUGACUGGUGGGUGAGCAAACACAUAAAAAAGCCAAUUCAUUCUACUGUCCUUAGUUUGGACUGGCACCCCAACAAUGUUUUGCUGGCUGCUGGAUCUUGUGACUUCAAAUGCAGAGUAUAUUCUGCCUACAUUAAAGAAGUUGAUGAAAAACCAGCCAAUUCUCCAUGGGGUACCAAGAUGCCUUUUGGUCAGCUGAUGUCAGGAUUUGGUGGUACUGAAAGUGGUGGUUGGGUCCAUGGGGUCAGUUUCUCUGCCAGUGGGAACCGCCUCGCUUGGGUCAGCCAUGAUAGUACUGUAUCAGUUGUUGAUGCCUCUAAAAACAUGAUGGUUUCACAGCUGAAAACAGAGUUCCUCCCAUUCCUGAGUGUGUCAUUUGUCUCUGAGAAGAGUGUGGUGGCUGCUGGCCAUGACUGCUGCCUGAUGCUGUUUAAUUAUGAUGAUUGUGGCCCCUUGACCUUCAUCUCCAAAUUAGACAUUCCAAAAGAGAGCACUCAGUGCAACAUCUCUGCCAUGGAAUGCUUCUGCAACAUGGACAAGAGAGCCACAACCGAGGAUCACAACACUGCUCUAGACACGCUACACCAAAACAGCAUCGCCCAAAUGUCUAUUUAUGAAGUGGACAAGCAAGAAUGCUGCAAAUUUUGCACCACUGGCAUUGAUGGAGCUAUGACAAUUUGGGAUUCCAAGACUUUAAAGUCUUUGAUCCAGGGACUAUGA